AGCGCACAGCCCAAACAACUGGACGGAUCGGGCUGAAAUUUGGCAUGCAGGUAGAUGUUAUGACGUAGGCAUCCGCUAAGAAAGGAUUUUGAUCAAUUCUACACAAGCGUCUAGCGACCGGGCGCGUUCCAACUUACUCUGAUGGUGUCUCCCUCUGUCGGACAGUUUAGGAACUAUUUGGUCUAGUGCAAGGUCUUUGGGUUAAGUAGUAGUUUGUUUGAUAUCCGAAGAUUUGUCCUUAUUGUUGAGAUGGCCGACAUCGUGAAUGAAAUACCUGAACUUACGGCUUCUGCAGAAACUGACAUUGUAAAUAGUUACACAUGCACAUUGUGCAGAAAGACUUUUAAACAGUUUCGUUAUUUAAAAGUGCAUACAAACAAUUUUCAUCCAGAUCACGUGAACGAGUUAGUGAAUCCAAAGAAGUUGCAGAAAGUGUUUAAUUUUCCUUGUCAUUUAUGUUCCAGGAAAUUCAAUCAAAAUCGCCGGCUACGUUAUCAUCUCCGGAAUGACCAUGGUGAAAUAAUUGAAACACCUGAUAAUUCGAACAUUUUGAACUGUGGUCUGUGUGGUGCUAGUUAUUCCAAAAAACUUCUGCUGGAACAUUUUAACAGCGUUCAUGAAUUAACAAUACAAGAAGAAGUACUGACAUUUUCUUCAGUAGACUUGUUUAUAGCAUGGAAAGAAGAGACUGAACAAAAGACAUAUGCUAAAUUUGUUAAAACUACCAGAGGUCCUGAUUCAAGGUAUGCAGGACAAGUCAAACUGUAUUUUUCUUGUCACCGCUCUGGAAUAUAUACACCCAAAGGUAAUGGAAUUAGACAUCUUAAGACCCAGGGUAGCAGCAAAAUAAAUGCUUACUGCCCAGCAGGAAUGAAGGUCAUUCAAAAAGAAAAUGGUGAAUGUACUGUAAAAUUCACAAAAACACAUGUGAGUCAUGACAUAGACAUGGGACAUUUAACUUUAACAGCAUCACAACGUUUCUCAUUAGCAAGUAAAAUAGCUGAAAAAAUACCAUUGGAUGUUAUUCUUGAUGAAAUCAGAGAUUCUCUCUCUGAUUCUACACUUCACAGACUACAUCUGUUAACAAAAAAGGAUCUCUACAACAUUGAACAAGCAUAUAAUUUACAAAAAGAUGGUGUAAAGCACCAAGAUGAUGGAAUAUCUGUAGAUGUUUGGGUAAAUGAAAUGAAAAUUAAUAAUGACUCUUGUGUUUUAUUUUAUAAACCCCAAGGAAUCUAUUCAAAUGAAACAAAAUUAGUAAAAGAAGACUUUGUUUUAAUAAUAAUGAAUGAUAUUCAGCAGCACAUGUUGCAACAAUUUAGUGCUGAUUGUAUAUGCAUAGAUGGGACACAUGGAAUGAACAGUUAUGACUUUGAACUAACCACAUUAUUGAUAAUUGAUGACAUAAGACAAGGAUUCCCUUGUGCCUUUCUUAUUUCAAACAGGACUGAUCAACUUAUUUAUGAGUUAUUUUUUGAAAGCAUUAAAGAAAAGGUUGGAAUAAUAUCUCCAAAGGUUUUCAUGUCUGACAUGGCUGAAGCAUUUUUCAAUGCUUGGAUUCAAGUUAUGAAUCAGCCUCAGUUAAGACUCUUCUGUACUUGGCAUGUAGAUCGAGCAUGGAGAAGAAAUCUCAAUAAAAUUCGUAUCACAGAAAAGCAAGCAGAAACUUACUUAAAAUUACGAGUGUUACUUCAAGAAAGAGAUCAAGAUGCUUUUUAUCUCUUGGCAGAUGAGAUCAUGAGGAAACUUAAAGAAGACCCAGAUACCAUUGAUUUUGCUACAUAUUUUUCAAAUGUAUACAUGAAAAAUCCCACCUCAUGGGCUUACUGUCACAGGAAGUGGAGUGGUCUAAACACAAAUGCCCAUUUGGAAAGAAUGCACAGGACUUUGAAAUAUAUUUAUUUACAUGGCAAAAAUGUCAAACGACUAGAUAAGGCAAUAAAUGCUAUCAUGAAGUUUGUAAAACAUAAAACGUUUGACAGAUUGAUAGUACUUCACAAAGGCAAAGUUACUAGUAAAUUAAGAGACUUAAGAAAAUGCCAUAAACUGAGUGAAAAUUUAAGUUUGCAGGUCCUUGAACAAGAAGAAGGCUGGAUUGUAGAAUCUUCAUCACAAAGAGAACUUUAUCAUGUAGAAAAAGUAACUAAGGACUGCAAGUGCCAGAUAGUGUGUGUUCCCUGUAAAGCAUGUAUUCAUCAUUUCACCUGUACAUGUCUUGAUUCAACAGUUCAUUGGAACAUGUGCAAACAUAUUCACACAGUUUGCAGAUAUCUUCAAACUAAAGAAUUGCAACAAUUUCCAACAAAAAAUAAAGAAAAUGAACAAAUUAAUACAGAAUUGCAAUAUGAAUUAUUAAAUUCAUCAAGUGCAGAAAUGAUUGAUGAAAGAUUGAUUAUUUUUGAAGAUAAAAGAAAGGAAGAGUCGUCAUUACUCAUAGACAAACUAAACACACCAUCAACUUCAACACCUUCAAGAUUGCGAGAAAAUGUUAGGAAAGCUCUUAAAAAUCUUGAAGCAGGUCUGGAAUCAAUGUCUGAGAGCCAACUAGAAGUAGUAGAUAAAGCCCUAAAAUCUUUGGGUCCACAGCUUUCAGCCGUUGAUGUAACAGACAAGUCUUCUUUUGUUUCAGCCCAUUCAGUACCAGGUAACAAAAAAAUUGACCCGCAGAAAAGAACUCUCUUCAAGACAAAGAAAGAUGCAAAAAGAAAAUAUCAGAAAUUAACUCCCAGCUUAGAGGAAAUAGAGAGAACUGCUGCUAAAAUAAUUGUAAAUGCUAAAACAUGAAUGUAAAAACUUUUUUUACAUGG